CUCAAUAUUCUCCAUUGUCAUACCAUUGACUGUGGAUGUCUGACUCGCUAUGACACAACUCCUAACAAUGGCCAAGUGUAACCAAUGAAAGGGACUGCAAUAUAGUGGCUCAAGUAAUAAAUAUCGAAUCCACGGGUCUCUAGAGUUACUAUUACUCAGCUUUAGUUCAUUAUCUAGCAAACUAGAUUAAGAUGGAAGAACUAAAACUACUCUAACAAACUACAGUUAAAGUUAAUCUAAUUACAGGUUGGGAACUCACUUAGGUAUGAUUCCCCCAAGCCACUAGCCAGAUUAAUGAUUGAUGAUCUCUAACUUGUUUCACUUUCAUUCACAAUGCGGAGAAUCCUUGACUAAAACUUGAAUCUCGACUAAAGGAUCAAGGCCUUCUUGAGUCAAUUGCCUAGAGGGACGUAUCCUUCUCUAGAACAACCGAUCAAGGCGUUCUGAACUAGAUUCCCUCUAUUGAAUGAGGUUCUCAAUCGAUACAAAGCAUUGAAUCAACCCUCGACUAAAGCAAUCGAUCCAAUACUAUCAAUCUAUGGUGCUCUAUUGACCUAAUCAGGUAUUCGCUCUCAUAGGAUCAAAGCAGAAUCAAUAAUCUCGACUAAAGCAUAAUUGAAUCAUGAAAACAUGCAUAGAUUGAAUAUGAACUCAAGAUUAUCAAGUAAGAGUACUCAUACAAUCAUCCAAUCAAACAAACAUAACUAGGGUUCCUCAAAACCUAAGCGAAGGGAAGUUACUCCAUAGAGAAGAGAGAGACUGCAGUAAGAAUCUUCAGAUGAUCAGUCUUCAGGUCCGAGCUUGUUCCUCGAGCUUCCAAGGCGAAGAAAUCCUCCAAUUACACUCCAAGAAUGCCCUCAAAUCACCCUCUCUCUCUUUGGUUCGUCCCUUGGGUGUUUGGGAUCCAAAACCCAGCUCCCUCUCUGCAAAAAUGCACAAAACAGGCUUUUAACAGCCUGCGUUCGCGAUCCCCGGUCAUAAUCCCUGGUCGCGUAUUUCGGGUGCCCAGCCGGGGAUUUCGAAACGCAGCGCAGCGUUACAGGGGAUAAUACUGAUGACUCGGUAUUUGCACAUGUUUUCCCCUUUGUUUCUUGAUUGUUUGAGCUUGAAUUAUUGCGUCUUUGGCCUAUUUUAUGCUAGGUUGUGUUCCUUUGUCCCAUUUCAGGUCCUAGCACAUAAAGUGAAGCAUAGGCGCAAGUUUCAAGUCAAUCAGAGAUCAAUUGACGAUUCGAGAGAAGAAACUCGGGCAUGACUUGAAGAAGAAUGGAUUUCUACCUCACUUUAUGGACAAAGAAUCAUGCAAGCUUGUAAUGAAACGAAAUAGGACGAGACUACGAGCGUCUGGGAUCAAACGGCGAUUGAUUCGGAGUCCGGACGAGGGAGAAACGAAGCAUUAAACAGAGGCUGAGCAAGCUGCACGGGCAGACCAGCGUGGCCACGCACGGCCGUGCAAGUGACCAGUUUGGCCGUGCGGGAUUGUGCGUGGGCACGCACGGGAUUGUGCGUGGCCACGCACGGCCGUGCAACAUACAAUUCUGGCCGUGCGAGUUGGCUGAGGUUCAACUAAUUGAUACGCCGCGUUUUGAGGUGCACGGCCAGAAUGGUGAUGUGCACGGCCGUGCACCCUGGCCGUGCGAGUCGGGAUUUCCUGGUUUUAAGCCAAAUUCCGAACCAAAGACGAGAGAGCUGGGUUUUGGAUCCCAAACACCCAAGGGACGAACCCUAGAGAGAGAGAGCGACUUGGGAACAUUCUUGGAGCUAUUUUGGAGGAUUUCUUCGCCAUUGGAGCUCGGGAAUCAAGCUUGGAGAUGGAGAUUGAAGAUCUAGAUCAGAUUUCUGCAGUCUCUCUCUUCUCUAUGGAGUAACUUCCCUUCACUUAGGUUUUGAGGAACCCUAGUUCCAUGAGUUAGGAUCUUUCUUGUAUGAAGUUUUGGAUGCUAUAUUGUUUGAUUAUAAUCGAAUGAUGCAUGUUUAUUGAGUCAAUUGAAGUCUGAUCAACUUUUCCUGAUUUCUGCUGCAAUCUGAGAUAGAUAGAAUCUGAUUAGGUUGCUAGAGUCUCAUCAUUCGGUAGUAGGAGAUUGGCUAUACGAGAGUUAGCCAGUUUACUGCUUUGUACUGGAAUCCAAUUCCAGUAGUGGAGUUCUGUGCUUAUUGCUUCAGCUUUCUAUCCCGGUGAAGACUAGUCGUCUGCCGGAUAGUUAGACUGAGAGGGCUUGGUCGGCUUAAGAGAUUCCAAGCUACUGUCGGAUCUUCCGCAGUUUAAUCAACAGUAAAUCAACCAAAAUGAAUUACAACUUGGACCUAAUUGAGGAGCUAGGGGGAAUCAUACCUAAGUGAGUUCCCAAACUGUAAUUAGUAGUUUUACUUAGUUUAGUUAGUAGAGUAGUUUAGUUAAUCAAUCCUUAAUCUAGUUUGCUAGAUAAUGAACUGAAGCUGAGUAAUAGUAACUCUAGAGACCUGUGGAUUCGAUAUUUAUUACUUGUGCCACUAUACUGCAGUCCCUUUCAUUGGUUACACUUGGCCAUUGUUAGGUGUUGUGUUUUGGCGUGUCAAGUUUUUGGCGCCGUUGCCGGGGACUUUCUAGAGUAUUAGGAAAGGCAGAAGUUUGUUACUUUAGCGUUUUUUUCUUUUCUUUUCUUUUCCACCCUUGCUUUUCACUUGGGUGUUUUUGUUUUUUUUGUUGGUGCAGAUCUGAAUCAUGGAUCCUAAUGGCUUCUCCAACCAGUGGGGGUAUCCACCACCAUCCGGGUGGUAUUACCCCGCGACCCCCUACAGCAAUCAAGGAGGAGAAGACUAUGGAUUCGGGUUCCAGUACCAACCCCCUUUCUACGGAGAACAACCAGACCCCUGGGCAUAUCAAGAACAAUCUCCUUAUCAAGAAGAAUUCCUCCCACAACAAGAAGGGCCAUCGGAUCUGGAGUUACCCAUGGCGGCCUUCACGGGCCAUUCUGCAGAGCCAUGCUACACUCCACAGCCAGAUCCAAACUAUGAAUUGAGGCUUCUCGUGGAGCAGAUUGCUCGAGUACCUGAGAGAUCUUUUCCCGAGAUGGAUCCUCAUAUCCAGGCCAUUGCCCAAACUGACUUUUCCUUCCCCCGUGAAACAGAGGAUACCAUCCGGAGCAUAAAGAAGCACCUAGAGGUCAUUGAGAAAGCUUGUUCACAGUUUUCUCAAGACAACCUUUAUGAUGCCAUACAAGUAGAGGAGGAGGAAGAAAAAGGCAAUCAUGAGGAUGUUGAGGAGCAUACAGAAGUUGUCACAGAAAGCUCCCAUGAUAAUCAUGAUCAAGUGUAUCCUUUGGUGGUAGAUCACAACUUUCACCAUUUCCGCUCUGACAUGCUGGGCUCGAGUAAGGAGAUGCAAGCUGAACUUAUCGAGAACCUUGCAUGGAGACUUGCUCUCCAAUUCGUGCUGGAAGAAGAAGAGCAAGAAAGGGUGCAGAAAGAAGUUGUGGAGGAUGACAAAAGUGAAGCAGAAGGAGUUCUUGAUCUUUUCUCAGGGGUGAUACCACAUGAAGAAGAAAGGGGGGUUGAAAAAGCAAUUGGCGUCCAGGCUGAGGAUGAAGUUGAGGUGGAAGAGGCAUGCACCGGCCAUGAGUUGCAAGUAAUAUCCCCACCAAACUUUGAGGAACUGCUUGGCAAGGACCCAUUUGCAGUGUCUCUUUGCCAGACCAAGGCCACAUCGACAUCGGCCCCUCUUGGUGGACGCGAUGGUGGCCAAUCGAUGCUGUCAUAUCUGGUUUGGGGCAAUGAGACGAGAGAAGAGAAGAAGAGGUCUCGAGGGUGGAGACUUCAUCUGCAUCAAGUACAUGAGCCUUCAUCACCUGCCACACCACAUGCUCAUGACUUGCGACUCCACCUCAUCGACGAGAACCUCAACUUCAAGGAGGUUCUAGCAUGGACCGAAACUUAGGAGCCAUCGUCCGGCUCACGACGUGAAAGAAGCGCUUGUUGGGAGGCAACCCAACCAGUCGGUUUGCAUUUUUUUCUCUAUUUCUCUUCGGUUGAGUCAGUUUUGUUCUUUGAUUUCAGAAUCAAUAACUCAACCUUUGUGAGAUUUUGUGUGGUGUUUGUGUUCUGAUUACUCUCUCUUCCUGGAAUGCACUGCCUGACCCGUACAUCAUCAUUCACCCUUGAUCUGGUAACUUCGUUCUACCCUCCUUAUCUUUCCUCCAUUGAGGACAAUGUCGUGCUUAAGUGUGGGGGGGUGUUCGAUUAUGUAUGCGGGUGAAUGUUUGGCUGUUUGUGUGCUUGGAGCCUAGUCCACUGUCCAAAUUUUUAAAUUUGAGGGCUCCAAGUACGUGUUUCCAUGCAAUUGCCUGCUCAGUAUGCUUUGAAUUGACAGUCUUUACAGUAAUAUGCAACCUAGGGAGGUAGUGUAGCACUAUGGAGGAUGUUGAUGCAUUUAAGAAGUCUCAUUUCUUCUUCAUAUAAAGUUGGUUGAUUGAGUGAAUUAGUGAUCUUAGGACCCUUGAAUUGUGUGAUGUUGUGGAUUUUUUACCUGUCAUGGACUCUUGUAUCAUGUUUUGAAAAUAGCAGGUGCUCGAAAAUGUGCUUCAAAAUAACGUCUCCCGUGCGAAUAGGGCGAAAGUGUGUAAGGGGAGACGGGAAUUCGUUCCCAAUUUCCACCUACUACCUCCAGCCCCCUUACAUGUCUUUCCCCCGCACGAGGCUCGAGACAUCCGCUCCUGGCAUGGCCGGUAAGAGCAGGUUGGGACCCUUGAAAAAGAAAAGAAAAGAAAAAUAUCAGAAAACAAGCAAAACAAAAAAAAAGGGGUCUCAACCAUCUUCAAGAAGCAGAAAAUAGAGCACCUUGAAAAAUGUGAGUCCAUGAUCUGUUGUUUUUGAGAAUCUCCUCAUCCACAAUUCAUUUGUCCUCUGUUCACUAUUUGCCAUGAUGCCGACUCGCCGAAGAAGUUAUGAGAUGACUUGUGCGUCGGUUGACCUCGUAAGCUGCUAAAUGAUCUAGGAAGUCCUCUACCUACAAUCUGGGUUGUUUGUUGCUAUAGAGGUCUGGAGAGUUGCAUUGGUUUGAGUUAGGUUUGCUUGGGGACAAGCAAACAGUUAAGUGUGGGGGGAUUUGAUGACUCGGUAUUUGCACAUGUUUUCCCCUUUGUUUCUUGAUUGUUUGAGCUUGAAUUAUUGCGUCUUUGGCCUAUUUUAUGCUAGGUUGUGUUCCUUUGUCCCAUUUCAGGUCCUAGCACAUAAAGUGAAGCAUAGGCGCAAGUUUCAAGUCAAUCAGAGAUCAAUUGACGAUUCGAGAGAAGAAACUCGGGCAUGACUUGAAGAAGAAUGGAUUUCUACCUCACUUUAUGGACAAAGAAUCAUGCAAGCUUGUAAUGAAACGAAAUAGGACGAGACUACGAGCGUCUGGGAUCAAACGGCGAUUGAUUCGGAGUCCGGACGAGGGAGAAACGAAGCAUUAAACAGAGGCUGAGCAAGCUGCACGGGCAGACCAGCGUGGCCACGCACGGCCGUGCAAGUGACCAGUUUGGCCGUGCGGGAUUGUGCGUGGGCACGCACGGGAUUGUGCGUGGCCACGCACGGCCGUGCAACAUACAAUUCUGGCCGUGCGAGUUGGCUGAGGUUCAACUAAUUGAUACGCCGCGUUUUGAGGUGCACGGCCAGAAUGGUGAUGUGCACGGCCGUGCACCCUGGCCGUGCGAGUCGGGAUUUCCUGGUUUUAAGCCAAAUUCCGAACCAAAGACGAGAGAGCUGGGUUUUGGAUCCCAAACACCCAAGGGACGAACCCUAGAGAGAGAGAGCGACUUGGGAACAUUCUUGGAGCUAUUUUGGAGGAUUUCUUCGCCAUUGGAGCUCGGGAAUCAAGCUUGGAGAUGGAG